AAAAGAUUCUAAAAGGUUGAUGUUUUUUAUUGACAUAUAAACAGAACACAACUAGUCAUUGAUUUCACAAACUAAAUCAAGUUAAAAAUAGAAGAGGAAGAGAAACGGAAAAGAACUUAUGUUGAUCCUCAUUCAUGACAGUCAUUCAAAAGUUACAUCAAGUACUUAAUACUUGAGACUUAAGUCACAAGAAAACUUUUUUUGGUGUAAACCACCCAAUAUCCGAUCACCCUUCAACUAUUCCAGAUUCGAAAUUUAGUCACAAUUAAGACUCCUCAUCUCUCUUGUGCCAGAUCGAACCCAAGAGCUCUUCGCACACACUUCAGUCUGUGUUGCCAACUGAACUACCCCUUGUGGGUAAAUCACAAGAAUACAACUCAAUUAAAAGGCAGAGUUGGCAAUCUAGCUAAUAUUGAAGGUUAAGUUGAAUGAGCAGUUCAAGUGUUAUUGUCACACCUUGCUCUUGACUUUAAUAAUGAAAUGAAUUGCUCCAUGUCUCCAUGUGUCAAAUUUUGCUUCGUUUGUGUAUCAACACGGUGGUACAUUUUUUUUUUGGUUUUGAUUGAUAACAAUGAUUCUUUUCUCCUUAACAUCCUUUUUUUUGUCAAACUCCUUAACAUCCUUAAACAUACAUGAUAGGCCAUUUAUCAUGAAUAACAAUGAUUUCCAGAACAGCUUUCUCCUGUUGCUGUUGACUCCUUGUAAUGUGCUAUUUUAAAACAAACAAACUAGUAACAAUCUAUACUAAGCAAGCGGCUACCGAGGAGAGAAGUGAUAAAUGGUUUGGUAAUUUAUUUGUCAGUGGCAAUAAUUGCUUUGAUAUCAUUGGCAGAGACAGAUGUUCAACAGUUAAAGGAAAAUGAAACAAGAAAAAAAAAAGUUUAAGUGAUCAUGUUUUCAAUGAUAUCAGUCUUUUGUUUUCAAAAAUGCAAUAUAAUAGUCUCUUUUCCUCUAAGACUCUCACUGUUCAAGACUCAUUCAAGAGGUAAACCAUUCUUAUUCAAGGAAAUCAAACUCUUCACGGUUAUAAACUGUGUCUCUCCCGCUUUGCAACUAAGAAGUAGGAACUGAGAAGAGAAAUGGAGAGUGAACACCAAAAGGCAUCUCUUCACUCUCCUUUGGUUCAAAGCUCAAGGGCAACAGAAAGAACAGAAGUUAUUGAAGAAGUGAGGAAGCAGUUAUGGCUUUCGGGUCCUUUGAUAUCUGUGAGCCUCCUAAACUUUUGCCUACAAGUUAUUUCUGUCAUGUUUGUUGGACAUAUCGGCGAGUUAGCUCUCUCAGGUGCUUCUAUGGCCACUUCUUUUGCAACUGUCACAGGUUUCAAUUUAUUGUCAGGAUUGGCAAGUGCCUUAGAUACCUUAUGUGGCCAGUCAUAUGGAGCAAAGCAGUAUCAGAAUUUAGGCAUAUACAUGCAGAGGGCCAUGGUCGUUCUUACAGUUGUAAGCAUUCCAGUAGCAGUUAUUUGGGCAAAUACAAGAUUCAUUCUUGUUUUCCUUGGCCAAGAUCCUGAGAUAUCUGCAGCAGCUGGGGAAUAUGCUAAGUUAAUGGUUCCAAGCCUUUUUGGUUAUGGUCUUCUGCAAUGCCUCAAUAGAUUCUUACAAACCCAAAAUAUUGUAUUUCCAAUGAUGUUCAGCUCAGGAGUAACAACUUUUCUACACUUCUUUAUAUGUUGGAUUAUGGUAUUCAAAUCUGGACUAGGGUACACAGGGGCUGUUGUAGCAAAUUCUAUAUCUUACUGGUUAAAUGUUACCAUCCUUUCACUCUAUGUCAAGUUCUCUCCUUCAUGUAAAAAAACAUGGACAGGCUUUUCCAAAGAGGCACUGCACAACAUCCCCACAUUCCUAAGGCUUUCCAUUCCUUCAGCUGCUAUGGUUUGCUUGGAAAUGUGGUCUUUUGAAAUGAUGGUUCUCCUUUCUGGUCUUCUUCCAAAUCCAAAGUUGGAAACAUCAGUGCUAUCUAUCUGGUUGUUUUCCUAUUUCAGAGUUCAGAUGCUUGUCACAAUUGUUUCAUACUUUCAUCAAUAUAUUGUUGUUGACUCUUGGACUUUUGCCAGCUUGAAUACUACAGGAACUGUUUGGAUGAUUCCCUUUGGACUCAGUGGAGCUGUAAGCACCCGUGUCUCAAAUGAACUUGGAGCUGGUAAUCCACGAACUGCCCGUUUAGCAGUGUGUGUUGUUGUAGUGAUUGCCAUUAUCGAAAGCAUCUUAGUUGGAGCUGUGAUGAUCCUAAUACGCAAUAUCUGGGGCUAUGCAUUUAGCAAUACAGAAGAAGUGGCCAAAUAUGUAGCUACUAUGAUGCCAAUUCUUGUAGCAUCUAACUUCCUGGAUGGAUUUCAAUGUGUUCUUUCAGGAACUGCAAGAGGAUGUGGUUUGCAGAAAAUUGGCGCAUUUAUUAAUCUGGGGUCAUACUAUUUAGUGGGAAUUCCGUUAGCUAUGGUCUUGGCUUUUGUAUUGCAUAUUGGAGGGAAGGGGCUUUGGCUGGGGAUCAUAUGUGCACUCAUUGUUCAAGUAUUUUCUCUAAUGAUCAUUACUUUGCGUAUUGAUUGGGAGAAAGAGGCAAAGAAGGCCACGGAUAGAGUCUAUGACUCAAUAAAUCCAGAGAGCAUAGUCUCAUGAAGCUGCAAUAUCUCUGCAGAUGCACGUCAUGGAUAAAUUCUAUUUGGAUGAAAGCAAUAUGAGAUUUGUUACCUUAUUUCUCUUGAGAAGUGUAUGUCCAAUUGUACAUGUCCGAAAA